AUGGCUGCUGCCACUGAGAUUGCCGAAAGCUCUACCCCAGGAAGGUGGUGCCACCCUGGUGCCAUGCAGUUCUCAGGGAGGUGGUUCCUGGUCAGUGUGGCCUCCCGCUGCAGCUACCUGGCAGAGCACAGCCACCAGCUGGAGGCCACGGCAGUGACGAUGACGGUCCUGGAGGGGCAGAGCCUGGCCAUCAGCACCUUCAGGAAACUGGAUGGGAUGUGCUGGGAAAUCAGGCAGCGCUACCUCCCUGCCCAGGCCCACGGACGCUUCCUCCUGAAGGGCCGUGGCUACCGCAGCAAGGUAGAUGUGGUGGUGGGUGAGACGGACCACAGCAGCUAUGCCAUCCUCUACUACCAGAAGGGACGGAGCAUCUCUGUUAAGCUCUAUGGACGGACCAGCCAGGUCAGCGAUGCUGUCAUGGACAAGUUUGAGCAGCGCGUCAGGGCCGUGGGCCUGAGCGAAGAUGUCACCUACUACUUCCCCACGUACGGGUUUUGUGACUCCGCAGACGAGUUUCACAUCCUCGAUGGUGAGUUGUGGAUCCCGGGCGAGGCGCUGGGUCCCCCCAUGUGCCAGGCUUGCUCCAGUGUUGGGCCCCACAUGGGUUCUCCCUGCCCUGGCUGUGGGCUGGGCACACCGGGACAGACCUGCACCACGCCACGGCUGUGUGGUCCUGCCCCAGGAGCGCAGGGGGGGUCCAUGCCAGACCAUCCCCCAGGAUGGGGUCCCUCCAUGCCCUAG